GCUGGAGAGGAGUGAUUCACAUCAGGACUCGUACUUCAUUAAAUGUGUUGUCGUAUGCGACAUAAAGUGCGUGGUAGAAGGAAAUAUCGGCACUUGGACUGGCGGAAGUACAAAAGGUGAGAAAGCAGCAUGGCUGAUCUUACUGGAGAGCCCUGUGAGGACACUUUGGAUGCCUUCAAACUCUUUCCAAAGAGGAAGGAUCCAUCAAAUGCAGACAGUAAGAAAGCUGAGGAAACUGACUCAGUGCCCACCAGCAAAGCAUCGGCCUGUAACCCGUACUGUUACAGGAUGGACUACCCACACAUGGGACUCUGCCUCAUCAUCAACAAUAAGAACUUCCACAGAAGUACAAACAUGAGCACUCGCAAUGGGACGGAUGUGGACGCUGCCAUUGCCAUGAAGACAUUUUCUGAACUUGGGUAUUCAAUUAAGGUGGCCACCGAUCAGACUGUAAAGCAGAUGACGAAUCUGAUACUCAGUGCAUCCCAAGAGGACCACAGCAGUAGCGCAUCCUUUGUGUGUGUGCUACUAAGUCAUGGCGAUGAGGGCGUUAUAUUUGGAACUGAUGGUUUUGAACAGCUUGAAAACCUGACAAGACCUUUUAAAGGACAUCGCUGCAAGACUCUGGUGGGGAAACCUAAGCUCUUCUUCAUACAGGCAUGCCGCGGCUCAGCACUGGACGAUGGAACCAACUACGAAGCUGACAGCAAUGAGGAGCAAACCUCAGAGAGGAUCCCAGUGGAGGCGGAUUUCUUAUACGCCUAUUCCACAGCCCCAGGUUACUACUCAUGGAGGAACACGCAGAGUGGUUCCUGGUUCAUGCAGGCGCUGUGCGACAUGUUGCAGCGUCACAAAGGAGAGUUGGAACUGAUGCAGAUCAUGACACGCGUCAAUCACAAGGUGGCGAUGCACUUUGAAUCCAGCUCCAACCUCCCGGGAUUUAGUGGCAAGAAGCAGAUCCCUUGCAUUGUCUCCAUGUUGACCAAAGACUUGUACUUUCCUAAGUAGCUUGUUUUUGGGAGGGGGUGGGGGGGGGGGGUGUAUAUAUACACACACACACACACGCUUUUCAUUGGUUAGGGUUUGUUGUGACCGCAUGUAUUUUGGUCGGUGCUACUUUAAGAGGUUAUUGUUGUAGGUCACUGUCAGGUUAGAACAUUUCACUACACAGUAUAUGUCAUUCCAAUACCAACCAUACAGUUGCUGUAAAUAAAGUGACCACUAGAGGCCGCCAAAAGCACGUUUGGGUUGUAGGUCUUAAAAA